UUUCCACUUUCCGGUAUAGAAACCUCCCCUUCUCCCCCUUUGCAUUUACAUUCCUCAUUUUCUUUUUCUUCUUUCUCUCUCUCCUCUUUCUACACCAAAACCAAGCUACAUUUGAUCAAUUUUGCACUCAAAUUUCUCAGGUUACGGAACUCAAUUAACCGCCACCGAUGCAAAUAUUCAGCAGCUUUGAAAUAGAGAAUUCGGAGACGAAAAUGCAGAAUUUUGAAGUUUCAUCGCUCCAUCGUUCACUUCCUGCUGAAAGCAUAUAUACUUCUCGCCUUUGCAAUAAAACUAUAAUGGACGUUAAAGUGCAGAGUAUCAAAGAAUUUUUGCCGGAAAGCAUCUAUCCAUCUCCGAUAGCAACAGAAAAGGCCGAAACAAAAACAAGCAUAGAAAACGCGCUAAUCAAAGCGAUAGUCAUUGACGACAAAUCAAAACUCAUCGAACAAGCGAAGGAGAUAAACUCAAUCACUGCCGAUGAUUCAGAAGUAAUACUAGAUCGAAAAAGGAUGUCAAAGCUUCUUCAUCUUUGCUGUGAGUUGGACUCAGUGAACUCGGCAGAAGCGCUACUCAACGGAGAAUUAACCAACGGGAGAGUAGUUCCUUUGACAAACGAAAUCGACGCUGAUUCAGGUUUCGCUCCUCUGCAUACUGCCGCAGAGAAUCACGGUUUCCUGUGCAUUGAACUUCUUCUCAGAAAAAGAGCGCGUACAGAUAUGAAGACAAAAAAGCCAAAUAAAAGCGCUACAGUAGGAGUACCUGGUAAUGGUAGCGGUAGUGGGAACGACAUUAGCACUGUGAGGAGUCUGCUUCCGCUGGAGUUGGCUCUGUGCAGCAGAAGGAUGGAGCUAGAUUGGAAACCAGAUCAACCGCUUGAUGAUUUACUUUUGCAGCUUAGCGAAAAGGAUUUGGGUCCCAUCAAAGUAUUGUCAGAAAAAACCAAGGAAGUAGGAGAGGUGGCGUAUACCUUUGCAAUAGAAGGGAGGGUGGCAGCUCUUGCUGCACUAUUGAUGGUGGCUGCAGAGAAGGUAAAUGGGUCCGUGUUAGAGGUUCGGACCAAAACUGAUUUGGCGGCAGAGAAGAUGACAGUGUAUGGUGGUGUGGUCAAGGAAGCUGUUUCCAUUUAUAUCGGAACUCGAGGCAAGCAGAAAGCAGUUCAAGUGAGCAAAAAUGGCAUCCAUGAUGGCGAGGAGGAGAGGAGGAAGGUAUUACUUCGGGAGAUGGAGUUGCUUCAUUUUUUUGGGGCUUCACCUAAUAAUAGCUUUGUGGAUAAGAAAGUAACAUCUCCACUGAUAAUUGCUUCCCAGGCAGGAGAUGAAGCUGUGGUGAAGCUGCUUCUGCAAACAGGCAUUAAUGUAAGUGAUGCUGAUGUCGAAGGUAACUCUGCUCUUCAUUGGACUCUUAAAGCAUCAAAAGUGUCAAGUCCUGAGCAUAUCAGCAUUAUAGGCCUCCUUCUGAAGCAUGGUGCUCGAGUGAGACAAAAGGAUAGGCUGGGAUUGACGGCUGUUCAUGUAGCUGCUGCAAAUGGUAACUUAGAAGCCCUUAAGUUGCUGCUGACUCAUGAUUCUGACUCAGUUCAUAUAACAUCCGUACUAAAAGAAACUCCUUUGUUUUUUGCUGCAAAAAAUGACUUCAUAGAGUGUGCCCAACUCCUUGUGAGUUAUGGAGCAGCCACAGACAUCCAUAAUUUGCGUCGAGAAAGACCUAUAGACUUGGCAAAAUCACAAGAUAUGCGAUCUGCAAUAAACAGGACAAGUAUAAUCAUAACCAAUAGGACAUCCCAGCAGAAAUACAUUGCACGCAUACAAAAUAAUCAGGUGGUUUCAGAAACUUGUGAAGCACUUUCCAAGGAAUCCUACUCAACUUCUGAGAGUGUUGACUCUAGUACAGAUGGUGAGAUUUGCAAAUAUUAUGCAUCAGCAACAGGAUGUGCUAGAGGGUCAACAUGUUUUUACAGACAUGGUGAAGAGGAGCAGUGGAGUUUAAAGUCAAAAGCAAACCUUGCUCGUUCUACUGUUUUAGCAGAAUUCAAGCGAAAGAUAUUUGUUGGAGGACUACCACCUGACUUGGACUCUGGUUCAUUAGGUGAUGUUAUGCAAGAGCGAUUUGGACCAGUGGCUGAUGCAAAUGUUUUAAGAAUGGAAACGGAAGAUCAAGUAGUAUCGCGGGGUUUUGGUUUUGUUACCUUCAAGCAUGAGAAAUCUGUAGCUGCUGCUUUGGAGACCCACCACACCCAUAUCUGGGGCAAGAAAGUUGAAAUGAAAAGCGCAGUUCCGAAAUGGUUGUUUUCCCUAGAAGAUCGUGAAGAUGAACCUCAGAAAGAGAUAGUUCAACAGGAAAGCAUGCAACCAACAAAAAGUCAGAGUUUAGGAGAGGAUAUACCUAAGAAGAAAUCUUGGGCUGAACAUGUAGGUAAAGCACUACCAGACUUUUCAGUGAAUAUGCGCCAGGCCUGCAGACCACAGAAUUCUGGCCAAGAUAAGCCUGUUUGGUUUGCUACUUUCAAGAAAUGGCUUCCACAAUUCUUAAGAAAGUUGUCGAAGAAUUCAGGAGGCGAAUAUUAUUCCCUAUCAUCUUUGAAAACCGAUUUCAAGUCAAUUUUUGGGCUAGACCUUGACCAUGCCUCUCUUGGUUACUCUAAAUUGAGUGAUUUUGUUAGGUCUUUGUCUGACCUAUGUAGGGUGAAGAUCAUCCACACCGGUGGUCAGGUUCCUAAUCACAUGAUUCUCUUGCCUGUUGUGCCCCGACCCCCACCACUGGUUGUACCAAAGAAGAUAUUAUCUGUGUCUCGCACAGCUGCACCAGUCCCUGUAAGUGUUGAUGAUGCAUCUGAUUUCGGAUGUGCUGGCAUGAUGAAAGGAGCAACAGAAAGUGAUACUCAUUCUGAUAAGACAUCUGAGACAAAAGUUGAUGCUAAUUCUUCUGUGAAUGAAGAAUAUGGAAGGACCAGAAAUCCUACUCUUAAUGCUACCCCUCCUAUAGACUAUUCCAGGUUUCUCCAGUUUUUGAAUCCAGACCCUAUAUUUCUUGCUCGAACAUGGCUCGGUACUGGAGGCUACAAGUUUCAAGAUGAGCAAUGCAGGCGAAAGCAUCUGGUUUUGGAGGCUCUUUCUCUAAAGAGGAAGCAAGUGUUUUUUCUCAGAGGCCCUAAUUUCUACAAAGACUAUGCAACUAAACUCCAGCAAGGCAAUUGUUUUGCUUGUGAAAAGCAGCAGUUGCUUUGGGCCAAUUAUCCAUGCCAACAUAUGCUGUGGUGUGGCGACUGCAAGCUUGUAGCCAUGAAGAUUGCAGCAGUUGGCACUUCAACUCACAAAUGUGUGCUUUGUGAUGAAGUGGUCGAAAAGAUUAAUUUGAUCCCCUGGACUAAAAGGCAGCUUCAAAAAUAUGAUGAUAUAGAAUUCCCUUCUUUCUAUACUGCCUCUAUGAGAAGUCAAGGAAUCCGGGCUUGAUGAGACUACCGUUAGACAAGUUGUGUAAACGUUGAAAAUAAUUCUUCUCUUGGGUGCGAAAAUGAGGUUGCUUUACCUGCACAACGUUCACUGUUAGGAAGGCCGCUACAGAAGUAUUAUUCUAUCGAGAAUCUCCGUUUUGGUAAAGGAGUUCAAAGGGGGGAUUGGAUGUAAAACAGCAGAAAGAGCAGGGUACUGCCUUACUAAGCAACAAGUAUCCUUGUUGAUACUGGGAAAUAGCUAGGUAUAUACAAAAUGUUGGUGAACAUAUUCCUUUUCGAGAAUUACCUGUAAAUGAACUGGCUGCUUAGCUCUUUUCAAGCAAAUCUUUAAUUUGCUGAGUCCAGGUUUAAAGUGGAUUUGGACAAGGAGAAUCCCGGGCCUAAUGGAAAAUGUCAUGAAUAUUUAAAUGCUGCAUAUCAAACACCAAGUAUUUUGCUUUCAUGGCACCCCACCUAAAGAAAAUAUACUAGUACAUCUCAAGUCUGAACUGGUCAGUGCCACACUACCAAAACUGAUACAUCUCCCUUGCUUUCCUAAAGUAACAUGACAAAUUACA